GUCAUAUAUCGUCAAAAUCUUGAGAUGUGUGCUCGUGCGACGGCCGCGGUGGUGUGCGCUCUGCUUUCCGUGUCGAUGGGGUGCGAGGACGAGGCGAAGCUGAGGUUCUAUUAUGGGUCUGUGGAGGACUACGAGGAGCUGCCGCUGAGCGCCGGCGCCGAGAUACUCGCCGGCGACUGGUACAACCGCACCAGGCCCACCACCGUCAUCACGCAUGGCUUCACCGGCGUGGCGGAGGGUCGCGCGAUGCAGGCUCUGGCGGGCGCGUACCUGCAGCGCGGACACAACGUGGCACUGCUGGCCUGGGAGUGCGGCGCCGCGGCGCACGGGCCCUCCUACGUCGGCUCCUACAUCAGCUGGGCCGUGCCCAACGCCAUUAAGCUGGGCGUGGAGCUGGCGGACGCGCUGGGGGUGCUGUCCCGCGCGGGGCUGGAGCUGGGCGACACGCGGCUGGUGGGCCACUCGCUCGGCGCGCACGUGUUCGGCAUCGCCGGCCACCAGCUCUCCCGCAGCGGUACGCGGCUGCCCUGUAUAAUCGGGCUGGACCCGUCGGGCAUGGGGUGGGAGAACCGGCCGGCGGCGCUGCGGCUGUCGGCUGGCGCGGCGGCGGCGGUGCUGGUGCUGCACACCGACCCCGACCGGUACGGCAUCCGCGGGCGCGCCGGCACAUUCGACGUGUGGCCCAACGCACGGCCCACGCGCGUGGUGCAGCCCGGCUGCACGCCGAGACGCGGCGGCAGCGCCAUGUUCUCCGACAAAGAUCUGUGCAACCACAACCGGAGCUGGCAGCUGGCGGUAGAGGCGGUGGAGCGGCCCGGCACGCUCGUGGCGCUGCACGCCCGGAGCUAUCGCGACUGGAAGAGGAGGGGCAGGACUCACAGGAGUGACGACGACCGGCUCAUCGACAUCGGGGAGUGCAACGAACUCGCGGUCCCCGGCAACUACUACCUGGUGACGCGGGCGACGGCGCCGUAUGGGCUGGGCCCGGCCGGCCUGCACCCGCGCGACACCCGCGCCCGCGCCCGCCCGCCCCCCGCUGACACCCGCGCCCCCACCGCCGAUGAUGCCUCGACCAGCAUAUCGUUCACGCUGGACUAGCGGCCCCGGUCACCCCCGGCAAUACUUUGUGCUACACCGGCAAUCCGAGUGUGUAGUAGCGGGUUAAGACGUAAA